CCGCCACCAAGCUGACCGAAGUCGGCGUCGAUGGGCUCCUCAAGGUCGGUGCCGGGCUCCUGUGUGUCUCGGGCCCCGGUCAGAUGGCCCUGGCUGGCGUGGGUGUCGCUGCCGCUAUCUACUUUGUCCCGUGGGACACAGUCUGGAGUUGGUUUAGGGCUUCUUUUGGCGCCUUGCUGAGCUGGCUCAUGCGUGCGUGGGAGAACUUCAAGUCUUGGGUCCGCACCACAGCCACUGGUCAGAUCACCGCGGCCGCAGGGAAGCAGGGCCUGGAGAUGACAGUUCGCCAGCUCCAGGCUGUCAGAUGACGAGUCUCUCACAGCCUCUGCGUGUGAUUUUAACACAACCACUAUCAAGGCUGGAAUUAUUCGAGCUUCUUUGAACAUUGCUAUCACUAGGAUUGUUAACAUUCGUUUCAUGGUCGAAAGACGGCAGAUGGUCAGAUGCUUCUAUG